UUACGACCAAAAGCUGCACAAUGUGGCAUCAUAUAUUAUAUUCCAAGUUGUGUUGUGGUAAAAAUAACAACAGGAUAGUGUCACAAGCUCACUGUGAGUGGACAUAUUGGUGUUUUAGAGGUAAAAAAUUAUAUAAAUACUGUUCGGUUUCUUGCACAAACCGAUCGUUAUAUGCAUAGAAUUAAUACCUGUUGCGCCAUCUGGGCGUAGCACACAUCUGAGACUACACCUACCUUUGACUAGGUGUAAGAUUUAAAGUGAGAAGUCUUGACUUGUUUCCAUGGUGAAAAUAAAGAUAAAUAAAAAUGUUGAGAUGAUGGCGCGUCUGGUAUACAGGCUACAUGAUCAGCGGGUUUUCCGGUGUAAAAGAGUAAUGAGAGACCGGACCAAUCCGCUAGAUGCUAGAUAUAUAGAAUUUAUUGAAAGGUUUAGUUGAUAACCAUAGUAAUGUGAACAGUGUCUCAACUAACAGUGCUUUAGAACAUGUCAGCGUGUACGCGCAUCGUCUACGCUAAGCGUACCUGCGCCUAGUUGUAGUUUUAGAUGGUGCAACAGGUGUAAAUAUUCAUCAGAAAGCUGGACGUAACUAAGUCCAGCGUAGAGCUUACACCCAACUUUUUUUAUGUCCAGCUGGUGCAACCAGCCCCUGAUGCUCUGACAACUCUGAGAAAAGAUGAAAACAAGGAUUGAGUCUAAUCAUCAUGAGUUCAAUCCAGAUCACUCAGAAAUAUAUUAGGAAUGAAAGAAGGAAAACUGUAAGCUGAACUCUGAACUCAGUCUAGAUGAAUCACAUCAUUACUGUAAAUGUCAGAAUUGUUGGAGUUUCUUUGUUCAGUGGUUCAUGCUGCUCGUCCUGAUCUAGAAAGUAUCCUGACAUGAUAAACCAUCUUUUUCUACAUGAACUGUGGUAAUACCAUGCUCUGAAUUCAUCAUGUAGUGUUGUGGAGAAUAAUAUCAGUGUUUUCUUCCUAUAUCUGUCAUGUGAUCGUCCUGCUGCUGCUCUCAGUGCUGUAAUGAACACAAAUAAUUCAAUAUAUUAAUAUACUUCACUUUCAUCAGAUCAGAGAGAGUCAAUGAUGAAGUGUUUCAAUAGAGGACGUCAAACACUCUCAUGAGCUUCUGCAUCGAGCAGCACGUUCAUAGACGAGCGACCUAUGCAAGUUAUAGAUGACCUUUCAUCUUCCUGAAAGAUGAGCCAAUCCCUCUCGAUUAUGACCUGUCAGUAUUUCUACAUUAGAUAAAAACCUACUGUUCCUGCAAGACUUAAUUUAAUUUCUGUCUUUGUUCUGUUUUUGUCCUGUUGUCUAAGACUUGCAUUUACAUGUAUUUUAAACUUGUAACCCACAUUUGUAUUUGAAUAUUAAUACUGUAAUAUCAGGUAUAAAUGGUUUCUACACCCAAACAUUAUUAGACAGAAUCUCACACCCUUUCAUUAGUAGUUAUUAAAAUUGUCUUGGGUGUAUACAGACAGAAGCGUGUGAAUGGGACUUUUAUUUUGGUUUGGUUUUGUGACGUCAUAAAGCGGCGCCGUGCUCCUGCAUCUGUUGUGAUUCGGCUGGAGAAAGGACAAACACAGAAAACCUCCUGUUGAAGUAACUAGGAUAUAUGUGACACUAUUAUAAAGAUGGAGUUUAUUAAAGAGGAGAGUGAAGACAUGAGGAUUGAAGCAACAUUCACAGUGAAACAAGAAGAAACUGAGGAACAAACAGACCUGAUGGCACUGAAAGAGGAGAAUGAAGCACUAAAUGAAAUGGAAGAGAGAGAUCAAUUUAACAAUCAUCAUGAUUUCAUUACUGGAGGAAAAUCUUUUAGUCACUCACAGAUUGAAAACACUUCCUCAAGAAAAAUAGCUCAAAAGGCUGGUACUAGAACUCCUUUUAUCUGCCAACAGUGUGGAAAGAGUUUCAGUACAACAGGAAACCUUGAAUUCCACAUGAAGUUUCACAGUAGAGAGAAGCAUUACACCUGCUCUCAGUGUGGAAAGAGUUUCAAUCAUGAAGAACACUUUCAAGACCACAUAAGAAUUCACAUUAUAGAGACGUCACUCACCUGUCAACAGUGUGGAAAAAGUUUCACACGAAAACAGAACCGUGACAGGCAUAUGAACAUUCACUCUGGAAAGAAGCCCUACACAUGCCUUCAGUGUGGAAAGAGUUUCAUUCAGAAAGGACAAUUUGAAGACCACAUAAGAAUUCACACUGGAGAGAAGCCGUUCGCCUGCCAACAGUGUGGAAAAAGUUUCAGACUAAAAAAUGUCCUUGACAGGCACAUGAAUAUUCACACAGGAGAGAACUCCUACACAUGUCUUCAGUGUGGAAAGAGUUUCAAUCGUAAAGAUCACUUUGAAAAUCACAGAAGAAUUCACACUGGAGAGAAGCCGUUCGCCUGCCAACAGUGUGGAAAAAGAUUCAGACUAAAAAAAGACCUUGACUGGCACAUGAAAAGUCACAAUGGAGAGAACCCCUACACAUGCCUUCAGUGUGGAAAGAGUUUCAAUCGUGAAGAUCACUUUCAAGACCACAUAAGAAUUCACACUGGAGAGAAGCCGUUCACCUGCCAACAGUGUGGAAAAAGUUUCAGACAAAAAAGGAACCAUGCCAGGCACAUGAUUAGUCACUCUGGAGAAAACCCCUACAAAUGCCUUCAGUGUGGAAAGAGUUUCAGACAAAAAAGGAGCCAUGCCAGGCACAUGAUUAUUCACUCUGGAGAAAACCCCUACAAAUGCCUUCAGUGUGGAAAGAGUUUCCAACAGAAAGGACACUUUGAAGACCAUAAAAGAAUUCACACUAGAGUUAAACCAUUCCUCUGACAACAGUGUUGAAAGAGUUUCAAUAUGAAAGGAAACCUUAAAUUUCACAUGAGACUUCACUCCUGGAAGAAACCCUACACGUGGGUUUGGAACUGAAAACCGGCUCUCAUCUGGAUCCAGUAUUGUUUUUGUUUUGUUUUUUCAAAAAAAACGGAACCGUACAAGAUUUCUAAGUUUCGGUUCCGAAAACAGUUCUGGUGUAAUGGGUGGGCGAAAUGCUGAACCAGAAUAACCAGAACUGGAAAAUUUCUUACGAUUCCUAACCCUAGAUAGGACAUUUUAAAGAUCACUUGAAAAUUCACUCUGGAGAGAAACUAUGCAUGCCCUCGGUAUGGAAAGAGCUUCAAUCAUAAAGGACACUUUGAAAUCCACAUGAGAAUUCAUACUGGAGAAAAGAUGUUUACUUGCCAACAUUGUGGAAAAAGUCUCAGCCAAAAAGUAAACCUUGACAUGCAUAUGAACAUUCAAACUGGAGAGAAGCUGGAAAGAUUUUCAGAUAGCCAGACAACUUAAAGGUUUCUUUUUAUCACCAGACCAAGCUCAAUUUAAAAUUGAACAUUGGUUGAACAAGUUGCAGGUGAAGGUGAUGCUGUUAAACAAUUUUUGUAAAUCCACACAGACACAUAUACAUAUUGUAUUAUAACUAAGUAUAUAACACCAGUAAAAUAGAGGGUAAAUGUGUACUUACUCUUUCUGAUUUCUGAUUGUGUUGCUGCAUGCCCUCCUUGUGUGAGUUGCAGUUCAAGGCAGGACUGGCAGCUAUAUUCCUAUUUAAAAAAAGUUGAAAACUAAUAUAUGUUAGAUUACCAACCAUUAACAGCCUACUACUAUUGCUUAGACAUGCCCACAAAUAAAUAAAGAGUGUCUUGAAUUAUCCGCUUGUAAAAUUUAAAAAUUAAAAUUUAAAAUUUAAUUUAAAACAAAAUUUAAAAUUUAAUCUUAAAGUUACCGUGCUCUAAUUAGUGUUUUCACAAUAAUGGAUAUUCAUAUCCAAGAGCUUAUUACAGCCCGAGCAGAUGAACGCUGGACGAUUCAGUUGCUCGUUCGUACACUAAAUGACUCUUUAUAAUCAGGGUUCCCGCGGGGUCUUAAAAAGUCUAAAAUUCUGAACUUUAAAUUUAAGGCCUUAAAAAGUCUUAAAUACGGCCAGAUUUUCAUCCGAGGUCUUAAAUUUAAUUUAGUCAUGUUUAAAAUUUUUUUUACCCAUUUCCAGAAAUGUUACUUGCUGAAAGUUAUUACAAAGUAGCAAAAAAAGUGGCGAGUCGUAGUUCUUUCUGGGAUAUAUUGGUGUUGGUAUACGUGUUGAUAAAACUACAAAUCCCGUGAUAAAUGCAAUACCUGCCCGCGAAAUACGUCUGCGUCUCCUCAGAGUUACUUUCAACGAGAUAUGGCUAAUCACAGCGAUUUCUGCUGUUGGUUACAAGCGGUACCCAGCUCCAUGUACGAGGCUCACUGCAAACUUUGCAAAA